AUGCAUUUCAAUACAAUUGAUUUAACUCGAGCAGAACAAGCUACUUCUUUGUUAAUUAAUAAUGAACAACAAGAAUAUCAAUCAAGAACAUUAUUAGAUAAAAAUAAUGGACGAUAUGCUUAUUUACCUAUAUUUCCAACACAAUAUGUUGGUCCAAAUGAGUGUUUACUUUUGGCUAAUGUACCAGUUAAUCGUCUUGCACCUCAUCAAAUUAAUCGACGUCAAUAUGGAGCCUAUACUUUCGAUGCACUGAUACUGAUGAAUAAGUACACUUAUUCCGACGAAUUUAGUUUAUCUGAACACGAUGCUAAUGAAUUAGCUUCACGAUUACAAGUAGGCAAAUCAAUAAUUACUUUCAAUGCACAACGACUUCGUACCAUCUGUCAUACUCUUCUUGCAUUUCAUGAAUCAUUUCGACGAUAUGUUUUAUGUAAGAGUGAUGUUGCUCUAAAAGAACCAACACCCAAUUCGAAACAAAUGGCUAUGGUAUUGGAAUUCUAUUUACAAAUCGAUGUGGAUUUAUUCUAUAUGAAAACUUGUUCAUUUCGAGGAGCUCAACCUCCAUCUAAUAUAGAAGGUCUAUUUUGUGGAAGAGAUGAACCUCAAGCAAGAUAUUCAUUGGUUCCAUGUGAUAAUCUUUUUUGUCAAUGUUGUCUUCCAUUAAAUACUUAUAAGAAAAGUCAACCAUGGCCAAUUGUUAAUUUUGCUUCAAGUUCAAUGCAUCGAUUUCUCAAUGGUUAUACUACCUAUCUCAAUUGUCCAGCAACAUGUACUACAUCGAAUAUAAUUUAUGCCAUGGCAUGUCCAUGUGGUCAUUAUGAUUAUGUUGAUUCAACAGCAAAAACAUUGGCUGAUGCUAUGGCUUUUAAAUAUAAAUUUUCUUACGACAAUUAUGAGCAUGCCUUUAUUUCUCUUCUUCAUUUUCUUAUAAUAUUACAGAUCAUCGAGAACAUGGCAAUCGAAUUAUACAUGAAAAAUUAA